GGGAGGGCGUGCGGCGGCUCAAUGGACGAGUGAAUGAUGGCGAGGCCAGGGGGGAAAAAUGGCCGGUGGAAGCCGCAAAAUUGCAACUCAUCAGUACAGGUCGGGGUUGCGAACUGUAUGCUUGUCAAAGACAAGCAAGACGAUUUUCAGGAACAGGUAUGUGCCCAGGUGGGACCCAUGCACAUGCUAAUCUCAGUACGAUGCCAUGUACCCUCACGUUCCAGGUCAGGCCAGCCAAGCUCAUCUCACCCAGACCUCCUAUCAGCUGAAUUGAGAAGACCAUUAUAAGCAAGCCAUGUCGUUGCGCGCUUGACCUUUCUUCUUCUCGUCAACCUGAAGUCCACGCAUUCUUCUUGGUCGCAGCAAACAAUCUUGACUUCGGUCGUCCUCUCGUUCAUACCAGCAACCGCUUCGGCAACCAUACAUUCAUUCACUUAAUCGUCGUUUUAGCACCUUCUCGCCGCCUCCAACAAGUUUUCAAAAUGCAGUACCAUUUCGCUGCCGCCGCGCUCGUCGCUGGCGCCAUGGCUCUCCCAGGCUAUGCUCCACCACCACCACAAGGCUACGGUGGUCCUCCUGAGAGCAGCACCACUCCGGUUUCCCCUGUGAUGCCAACCAAGUCGUCUUCGAUGUCUAUGUCGACCACCAUGCCAACUACGAUGACCACGACGAUGGCGACCACCAUGUCUAAGUCGAUGUCCUCUUCGAUGUCGACUUCGAUGUCCUCUUCGAUGCCAACCAUGUCCAAGUCUUCGUCCAUGUCGAUGUCGACUUCCAUGCCGACCAAGUCGAUGUCGACUUCCAUGUCCAAGUCGAUGUCGUCUUCCAUGUCCAAGUCGAUGUCGACUUCGAUGCCGACCAUGUCCAAGUCGAUGUCUACUUCGGCCAGCACUCCGUGCCCUUCGACCCCGGUCAAGUCGACCAUCACCAUCACCUCGACCAUGCCAGUCCACCCAACCCCCACCGGACCAACGCCAAACUCCCCGGUCCACCCACCGACCUACGGCCCACCACCGGGAAGCCCAGUCACCCCACCAAAGGAGAGCCACCCACCGACCUACGGCCCACCACCGGGAACCCCAGGUACUCCUCCAAGCAGCCCAGUCACCCCACCAAAGGAGAGCCACCCACCAACCUACGGCCCACCAGGUACUCCACCAAGCAGCCCAGUCACUCCACCAAAGGAGGGCCCACCAGGCUACGGUCCUCCAAACUCGCCAGUUUCUCCACCUGCUUACCCACCAACGACCCCUGGAAAGCCAGAGACUCCUCCUUCCUCUCCAGAGCAGCCACCAAAGCCAUACUACCCGACUCCAUCGACUCCAUCGGAGCACCCAGUCUACCCAACUGGCACUGCCCCAUGCCCACCAGGUGCCUACCCAACUGGUUCCGGUGUGCCACCAACGAUGCCAAUGCCAAGCAAGCCAAUCACCCCAUACGUCGGCGCUGCCAACGCCCUCAACGCCGCUGGCGUCCUCGCUGGUUUCGGUGCCGUCCUCGCUUUCUUCCUCUAAGCGAUGUGAUGACACUCGGUCUCCAUCUUGGCCACUGAUCGCGACGCUCAGGCACAAACGAAGCAUCAUACACGCUGCGCUCUUGGAUUCUUCGGUGGUACCUUUGUGGCGGUUGUAAUAAUCAAACGAUAUGUAAUCAGAACAUUGGCUGGCGCUGGAAGAUCGGCAGCGGUAUAUGAUGGUGUCCCUCACCCUCACCCCCUCCUCUAUAACAAGUUCCCC